AAUUUAUUUAAAAAAUGCUUCUUAUUUAUUUUCUCCCAUUCAUUUUCCCAAAGAACUAACCAGCAGGUGAGAAGUGUAAUGGCGCGCAAUUCUCCCGUUUGCGCUUUCCACCACGUCGCUUGUUUGUCAUCCCAACUCCUAACCUAUUUAUUAAGUAUAAAACAAAUUAUUCGUAAUAUAUUGCCGUCCUUUGUAAAUGCUUUACUCCAGAGCAAGACCAAACAACCGUUGUCAGAAUGGCAGGUAUGGUUGAUGAUUUUGAAGGAGGGUGAAAUAUUUUAUGCACCAAUGAGCGCAUUCAGUCCGGCCCGGUCCGAAUUAUCUCGGACAACUGACCACGACGGUGCCCGCUGUAAUCAGAUCGACAAACAUACCUUUCGAUAGGGAAAAAUCUUUGUAUACAGCUUUUGUUUCAAAUCUUUUGAUGGAAAUGUAAAGAGUGCGAAGUAAAGGUAAUAUCUAGGUCUAAUAUCACAUAUCUAGGAAAGGUAUUAAACAGUUUAUCACUGACAGUUUUUGUUAUUAAUGUAUACCAUUAGAUAGGUAGAGAUAUGUCCAUUGGCCUACAACGUUAUCUUAUCAUAUCAGAUUGCAAUCGAGGUUUUAAAUAUUUUACUACAUUCUACAAAUCAUAAUAUAAAUACAUAAUAUACCUACAUUGCAAUCACCAAAUUAUGUUCCCAACUCUAAUGCCUCCAAAGUCCAAACCUUAUGCUGAGCGUGAAACUAUACUGGUUACGUUACUUUUUCACUUUCUUGGUUGACCUAGUGUUUAACUUUGAAACCUUUUCCACAUUAUUCGUCGAGCACGUAUCACAAAUAUUUGGCAAGCGCAAGUCGGAUGUUUAGCGGCACCUGUGCCGGCGAUCGACUCAUAAUAUUCGGCUUAACGUCCCUCGCCCGCAUCGUACGCGAAACGUUUUGUAUUGAACGACUUGAACUUUAGGGAGCAUACAUGUGUCAAUACUUUGAGAUACAUAUUGAAAAGGAUCUUCAGGUUUUGUAUUAUCACAGAAAACAUAAAUAACAACAAAACAAACGGAAAGAAAUAUAAUAUUAUUUUUCAAUGUAAAGAAGUUUCAGAAUAAAGUUAUAUGAUAUGAAUUAAAUCAUAGGAAAUAAGUCAAAUAAUUUAACUAAAACUAUAGAAUGGAUCAUUUCUUCAUUUUAUGUUUCUUGGAGCUUGAAGGUAUAUUCUACGAUUUUAUGGAAUUCAAUAAAUUCAAUAAAUUGCCAAGAUAACUAGAAAACCCAAAAUACUCGCUUUUAUUUUCUAAAAGCAAGUACAAUAUUUGAUAAAUUUUACGUGUCAUGAUUUUAGAAUUAUUUGAUUUUAAAUUAUUACUGUAUUUUUAAAUAACUUAAUGAGAUACUUGCAAAUUCGUGAAAAAAGCUUUAAUCGGACCCGGGUAAAUUCACACACCACUGCAUAUUUACUUUUAAAGUACUAGAUAAGUUUUACUACCUUUUACAUCCAUUAACACAUUAAGUGCCGGGAACCCGCUCGGCGGGCGCUCGGUUCGUAGUAGGUUUAGGCGUAGCGGGAAAAUGCUAGAAUCGGCUACGCGUGUAGCGCUACGAAAACGUUGGCUAAGUAAUAUGAAUUAUAUGAAAUAUAAGAAAUUGAAGCUAUGAAAAUAGAAAUAAGUACUUACAGAAGUAAAAAAGGUAUCAUAUAUCAACUCAUUACAAUUCCUCACGAGUCCCUCAGCGUUUCGUGGAAGGAGUUGAAAUCAGUGCGGUGGUAAAAAUCAAAUUGAGUGGCCGAUAAACACCCCGGCCGGAGGGGCCGCGAAAUUUUGAUUACACCGAAAAGUGUUACUUAUUCUCAAAUAAAAAAUGCUCGGAAAAAUUUCGCUGAUGUCGAUAUUGUUAUGGCGGGUUUAUGUUGGAAAUUGGGGGUACGGUUAUUGCAUGUCAUUAGGAAUUAUGGGCUUGAGGUGGGAUGGAGAAAAAUUUGUCGGCGGUGAGGUGAGGUUUUUCGAUAAUGUAAUUAUUGGAAAUUUAUUUGGUACCUUUCAGCCAGGUCUUUAAAUAAGUCAAUAUUUAUAUUAUUAAAAAAAAAAUCUAAACAGAAAGAAAAAGCUUUUAAAAACAAAUAAGUUCGAGCAUACACUUUGCAUAGAUUUGCAGUAAAAUCAUCUUAACAUCAACUUUUCUAUGAGUGCUGUGUAUUCGCAACAUAUAACUCAAAAAUUAUGCCGCGUACGUGCCCCCAUGUCCCAUAAAGAGGCACCGGGACUUAUUUCAUAUAGUUACAGUCCCAUAAAGCAUAAAAGGCAUUCAAAUGUGAUGUUAUUUUGCCGCCAACAUGGGGUAAUUUAUUUACGCGCGAUUCAUAAUUUUCUUUUAUUCACUUUAUGUUGAUUUUCUUUGGAAUAAGUACACGGUAACGAUAAUAUUAUUUCAACGGCCCCAUGCAUCAACGUGUACUUAGGACCCGUUUUAUAUCUUUGUUUUCAUUACAUGUAGCGCUUUGUCUUCGGAUUGCUUUAGGCUCAGCAUACAAUAAACGCUUAAUUAAUUACAUAAAUUAUAAUAAUAUAACAAUGUUUGUAGCUUUAUUUUUGUUAUCCAUAACUAAAUAAACACAUUCUCUGGAUUACCUCAUGCUUUUUUCCUUAUAAGAAUACGUUUCAUCAUACUUCCUAUUUCAUGGGUACAUCACAAUUGUUUCUAACUAGUGACCCGCCCCAGCUUCGCGCGGGGUGUAGUAUAUUUAGUGCGAAGCCGGGUCGGGUCGCUAGUUAUACAUAUAAACCUUCCUCUUGAAUCACUCUAUCUAUUUAAAACCGCCUCAAAAUCUGUUGUCGAGUUUUAAAGAUAAAGCAUACAUAGGGACAGACAGACAGCGGGAAGCGACUUUGUUUUAUACUAUGUUGUGAUUCAUAUUAUAAAGAAGCCAAAUAAAUAACAAAUGUAUCUGGACACCCCCAACCCUCCGAGGACCUUCUUCGAGUGUCCGCAAAAAUCCGACAAAUUGAUGCUCAUCUAAAUAACCGCCAAGAUUCGUGACCACUCAUGCAUGGGCAUCGUACAUUUAAAUUUAGUCCGGUCCUACGCGAUGUUUCAAUUGUCACUUUCUGUACCUUCGUAAUCCAGUUAUUGGAUUGGGGUGCCUUUACAACCAUUUUUAUUUAUUCCAUUUUUUAGGUAGGGCAGUCUUGAUAUACUUCAUAGUUUCAAAUGCUUUAUAAAAUCCUGCAAUAUUACUGUAUUACACGUUAUGAUCGUUAGUGCAUAAAAAGUUGACCGAGCGUUAGCGAAGGUCUCAGUUUCAGCUUGUUCCGAUGAUUAAAUACAUUUUUUCAGUCGAAUCAAAUUUUGGAUUUUUCUCAAAAUGCCGAAGCCAUAUAUUUAUUCAGUUUUCAGUUAUGGUUGCGAGAUCUACAACUUACAGAGCCACUCGUUCAACCACAAAUUAAAAUCAAACUUCAUUAUAUAUUCCUCCAGAAGGUUUAUUCUUUAAAUCUCAACAUUAGAAAAAUGCUAAAACUCUGCGACGAAACUUUUCUCGGAUCAAAAACAAAAGCCAUCAACGCCACGUGUGCGUCAUUGCCACCUAAGUGCACACGGCAUCGGGAUCCAGGUCACGUCUGCCAGGAUCCUCGGCUGAUGACUAAUGACGGGCUCACAUGCCCUCAGCUACACCUCAUGAACUCCCUUUAUAUUCAAAUCAUACAGCUUCCGGACCCUGAUUGAUGCUGUUUUAUUUGCGUCUGUUAGCGUCUGGAGAUUCUUACGUAUUUAUGUUAAUAAUAGAUAAUAAUAAUUCUACAACAUCUGUGAUAAGAAUUAAAUGCAAUCUUUUAAAUAACAAAAACUUCUUCCUAGUUUUAUCAAGUCUUGCCAUUAAUUCUGGUUACAAGUUCGGUUCAAAGUAUAACAAUAACGAAGCUAACAUGAUUGAAUUAAGUGAAUCGGUUCGCUUUACACAAAUAUUUGCCGCACUCUCAUUUGUAAGAUGUCUGGCUGCCGCUGCCUUAGACGAAUUAAUAACGAGAUAAAGAAGCUCGUUUGGUUAAUUCAUUAAUUUACUUCAUUAUGGUUGCCUUGGAGGUGAUAUUUUAACAUUUUUUAGCGUAAACUUUUGUAAUUUAGAAUAGCACCUAAAUUAUAAAAGUUUUCUUCAGUCAAACAUAGUAUCACGCGUUUCAAUUGAACCAGUUUUUUUGUGUAAAUUAAAUAUUCACUAGGGACCAAAACUAGAUUUAUGUUAAAAAUAAAAAUAGUCAGAAAUUAGAGUCAAUACGGAGCUUUCCUCAGGGCAAUCAAAAAACUUCGUUGAUUUGGUUCACACACCUAUUGUGUCCAUGAAAUGCACGUUAAAAAAAUAUUAAUAUUUGACAAUAAUAAUCCCAAAUAAAUGUGGGAUUUUCUUGCUAUUUUUCAAGUGCAUUUGCUAUCGAGAGAUAACGAUAAGCGUCGGUACACGGAUGUCGGUUUUUGCAACAUAUAGUACAUUUGGCAAUCUGCUCCAGAUCACAUUGGUUAAAAUGACUACUUUACCAGUUAAUCAUAGCGAAAAUACGAAUCACGUACGAAAACAAAUAAGGUGCAAGAAGAAUUUGUGUAGUGCUAAAACUGUGAAGAAGCGACUUCCAAUAGUAGAAUGGCUUCCGAAAUACAAUACAACAAAGGUCAUUCCGGACAUAAUCGCUGGGAUUACAGUAGCACUAACAGCUAUCCCUCAAGGCAUUGCUUAUGCCAUUAUAGCUGGUUUAACCCCUGAAUAUGGGCUAUAUGCCAGCCUGACAAGUGGGAUCGUAUACCUUAUAUUUGGAAGCUGCAUGAAUGUAACUGUUGGACCAACUGCUAUUAUGGCGGCAAUGGUUGCCAAGUAUGUAUACAACUAUUCUGCUGAUUUUGUGGUUUUGGCAGCCUUCAUAGCUGGAGUAGUAGAACUGACUAUUGGUACACUGCACCUCGGAUUCUUAAUCGAAUUCAUUUCGAUGCCAGUUAUAAGCGGAUUCACAACUGCAGCAGCUCUUCAGAUUGCUUCAGCACAAUUAAAAGCUUUAUUUGGCCUUGAUGGACGUUCUGGAGAUAAUUUUGGAGAUUCAGUGUAUAACUUUGUAUUAAAUAUCAGAAGUGUUAAACUAUGGAACCCUAUACUCGGCUUCUUGUCUAUCGGCUUUCUUAUUCUACUGAAAAGAUUUGGUGAAGGAUGUGGUCGCAACGAUGGCACUGCUAAACAACUAAAAUGGUUAAUUUCUCUAAGCCGUAAUGGUAUAGUUGUCAUCGUCGGUAUGAUAAUAGCUUUCACUUUAAAAGUCAUCACUGACACCGAGCCGUUGAUAUUGAUUGGUAAAAUUGGAAAAGGCAUUCCUAAAGUCGCACUUCCACCGUUUACUACUACAGUUGCUAAUGAAACUUAUUCAUUUGUAGACAUGCUACAAAUAUACGGGCCCCAAUCAAUUAUUAUCCCUUUGGUUGCUAUUUUAGAAACAGUAGCAAUAUCAAAGGCAUUUGCAGGAGGAAAACCUGUUGACGCUACGCAAGAAAUGAUAGCUGUUGGAUUUUGUAACAUUAUUGGAUCAUUAGUAGGAAGCAUGCCAAUAACGGGGUCAUUUACACGAACGGCAUUGAACCAUGCUUCUGGCGUUCAAACCCCUGCAGGAGGCAUUGUUACAUGUCUAAUCAUCCUUCUUGCACUCAGUUUGCUAACAUCGACCUUUUACUUUAUACCCAAAGCUUCUUUGGCUGCUUUAAUUAUGACUGCCAUGUUCUCGAUGAUUGAUUUCGCAAUAUUUGGCAGACUAUGGAGGAAUAAUAAACUAGAAAUGUUUUUCUUACUUGUCACAAUGGGAGUUGCAAUGUUUUUUGGAUUGGAAUAUGGUAUAGUGGUUGGAAUUGUUGUAGAAGCAGCUAUUUUGCUUUACUUAACAGCGAGACCAAAAAUUGAUGUAAACACAGUUAGUACUGAUAAGGGACAAAUUGUUAGAAUACACUUGAAUGGUAGACUGUCAUAUUGUGCUGCAGAGCAUGUUCGACGAAAGGUUCAAGAAGCUGCACAAAAUUAUAAUGCUUCUAAUAACGUUAUAGUCGUAGACGGAAGUAACUUGAGGAAAAUGGAUUCAACCGUAGCCUCUAAUCUGAUGAUAAUUGCCCAAGAUUUAGACAAAACGUUACGAAAAAUAGUUUUUUUGAAUUUUUCUAAUAAAAUAGUAAAGUUAUGUCUGGAUAUAAAUCAUAAACAUAUGAAUAAAUUUAUAUUAUCAUCCAAUGCGGAGACUGUAUAUAACAAUCUAUGCCAUAACUUUUAGUUAACUGUUAACAAUCACAAUUGUAAUCAACGUUUUCAUCAUUAAACUUAUAUGACUACAUAUCUUUAAUUUCUUGUAUAUUUCCUUGUUGAUCCCUUCUAUUUUGAUAAAAAAUAUAUCAAGGUUCUUCUUUUCCAAAAUAAACGAGAUAUGAUUAGUUAAUAAUUCCUCGAGCAUAUAGGUUUACUGAUUACAGUCACGACUAUCUUGUACAAUGUAGCAUUAAAAAUUUAUUCCUUGUCAAAACAAUAAGUAGUAUUUUAACUUCAGUUUUAUAAGCUUCAUUUUUCAAUAAAUUAUUACAGGUACUGCAGUAUAUGUUUUAUGUGAUUCACAUUGCCAAUAGCCGUUCACACUAAUCAUACAGUUUUGAUAAGAUAUCAACAUAUUAAGAUAAGUCUUGACAUUUGAAUAUAAUGUAUCAAGAUUAUUUUGUGAAUUAAACAUGUCAUUUCGAAUCGAACUAUCAUUCAUAAUAUUAAGAUAU